UAAAGGGUUUUUCCAGGAUAUUCCUUACUUCUACAUUUGGGUGUUCUAGAGUGGAGAUAGCAAGCCAAGUCAUAUUUGAGUUCCAUGGAUUUAACAUUAUGUUUGUCGCGAAUAUAGGCAUUUGUGCUGAAUAUAUCCGAGUCAGUAAUUUUUCUCAGCAGUUUGUUGUGCGUUCCACAGAUUUUUUUGAAUAGAGUUUCCGAAAUAAGGCUGCCCCAUACAGGAAUAGCAUACGUUAGAAUGGGAACAAUAAUUUGCUUAAAUAUUGUGACUUUACAUCUUGUGCUGAGGGAGCUCUUUUCGUCAACAAGCCAUUUUAGGCGAUGAUAGAGGGUGGUGACUCCUAGAUAUUUAUAUUGAUUAGCGUUUUUUAUAGGUUUUUCAUCGAUUUUUAUUAGGUAAGAUCUUAGAGCAGGGGAUAUGUUUCGUUUUGUGUAUAGGACACGAAUAGUCUUAUCAUUAUUUAUCGUAAAGCACCAUUUAGUUGACCAUUUGGUGAAUUCAUUUAGGUAUUUUUGCGUUUUCCUGAUGGCCAUGUAGGCAUUUUUAUCAGUAGAUACGAUUAUAGUAUCAUCUGCGAACGUUGACAGUAGGAUGUCAGGGUUCUUCUUGGUUUCACCUGAUACCAUGAGGAAGUCGUGUUCAAAGAUAUAAUCAGGAAUUGGCAUGUCAGACGAAUAAACAUUGAAGAGAAGGGGUCCCAGAACACUGCCCUGGGGUAUUCCUGCAGUGAUUUUGCCAAUUCUGGAAUAUGUGUCAUCUGUGCCCCUGACUGUGAACGAUCUAUCCUGCAGAUAGCUUUCAAGAAUCUUGAACAAGCAGUAAGGCAGGAGUUUGGCCAGUUUAUUCAAUAAUCCUAAGUGCCACACUUUAUCAAAUUCAGUAAUGUCUACAAAUACAGCAGAGCUGUAUUCUUUUUGUUCGAGUGAUUUUUGUACUAACUGUGUGACCCUUGCGAGUUGGUGUUCAGUGCUGUGGUUUUUACGAAAGCCAAAUUGAUGGUUUGGAAUUGCUUUGCGAAAAGUUGAAUACAAAUUAUAUUGUUCACACCAAAGAUUAAAAAGGGCAACGUUACAAGGUCAAGGACAAUAUCCAAACUAUUCACACGAAAUACGUUUUGGAUGGCAAAGCAACGAUUGCUUUCAAGAAGCCCUCACUGAAUCUGUUGACUAAAUGUGAUCCCAUUCAGCUGAAGGGAUUCCUGCAGACGCUUAAACUGGGUAUGGAAGGCAAGGAUGUCAUCAAUUUGAGACUAAAUACAGUCACUGCCAUGGCACAAAAAUCAAAGUUACAGACGAAAAUGGCUAUAAAUCGUCACAGUGACUAUCCCAUCAAGGUCUUUCCUCGAUAUCUACAAUCCCUAACAAUAGACAAUACGCAAUUGGUUAAAUUGAGCUAUCAUAUAUGCUCCUUACGGAAUCUAACCCACCUGGAUGUAUCCAACAAUAAGUUGCGUAAGUUACCUGUUGAACUGGGGAGAUUACACUUGAGCAAGCUCGUCCUCCAUGACAAUAAUCUGGGUGAAAUAGACGAUUGGUCAUUUCUAAAUGGCAGCAAAUUACGAGACUCCCUGCGCGAAUUGGAUUUCUCUGAAGAUUUGGAUUUCUGA